GAGACAUGGUGAAGAUAAGUAAAGAUGAAAACUUUCUCUUCUGAGAAAAUAUUUGGUUUGUUCCUCUGUGGGCUUCUUUGAUUUCUCUUUUGGACCAACCUAACCUCAUAUAAUCUGAGAAUUUUCUAAAGAAACUCAUACAACAAAAAGGUUUUGAGUAAUGAUAUGAUCUCUGUUGCCUCAUCUUGGUCUCCUCUUCAUGCUUAAGGAAUCAUAUUAGCUUCAAAGGAAUUUCGACUGCAACAGCCUAAUCAGAUACUGGCCGGCUGUUUCUUGAACGGAAAACAAAAGGACAUUUACUUGUGUACAGUUAACGACAUUUGUUAGAACUGAUUGCAUUAGAAGUAAACAAUGUCGUUAGUUAGAUCACAAGAUCAAUUUGCCAGAUCAUAUGGAAAUCCUAAACUCUAUGCUUUAAAUGAAAGCAGCGACGACUCUAGUAUUUCCACUCCAAUAUUCAACUCUGACAAGCAUAAGAUCAUGUACGAAACCGAAUCUUACAGCAGCGAGAGUUAUGACCCGAAGUACUUCCUCGACUCCCCAACAGAAGAAUUUAUGCAUUCAUCUAACUCUGCUGACUCAGUGAAUCGAUUCCACCCACAAGGUGUCUCUUCUUACAAUCAUCGGAUGGCUGGUUCGAGGCCAGUCAUGACUGCACAAAACCCAUUUAACUCUUUUGUGGGUAUAAGGCAUCAGGAUGGGUAUCGACCCAAUUUCGAGUCAGAAUACUUGGAAGGUAAAAGUCCCAAUGCCAUAGACUACGAUGAGGAUAAGAUGAGAUUAAAGCUUCAAGAACUCGAGAGAGCACUUCUUGAUGAUAAUAACAAUGUUGAAGAUGAUGACGAUGAUGCUUUUGGCACCGAUCAAAGCAUGGAAAUCGACAGUGAAUGGGCCAACCCAAUCUGUAAUACACUUUUACACGACUCACCCAAGGAGUCUUCGUCCUCAGAUUCCAAUCUUACUACCAUCAGCAGCAAUAAAGAGAUAUCAUUGACGUCCUCUCCUGCGACUCCCAAGCAGUUGCUUUUCAAUUGUGCAGCGAUGAUUUCAGAAGGAAAUGUUGCGGAAGCAUCAACCUUGAUAAACGAUCUCCGACAGAGGGUCUCAAUCCAAGGAGACCCAUCACAGAGAAUCGCAGCCUACAUGGUGGAAGCUCUUGCAGCCCGUGUGGCUACCUCAGGAAAAGGUCUUUAUGAAGCUCUGAAAUGCAAAGAACCCCCGUCCAAUGAUCGAUUAUCAUCAAUGCAAGUUCUCUUCGAGGUGUGCCCAUGUUUUAGGUUUGGAUUUAUGGCUGCAAAUGGUGCGAUUAUAGAGGCAUUUAAAGAUGAAAAGAAGAUUCAUAUAGUAGAUUUUGACAUAAACCAAGGGAGUCAAUACAUAACACUGAUACAAACCCUAGCCAAGUUACCCGGUAAGCUACCACGGUUGAGGUUAACCGGGGUCGAUGACCCUGAAUCGGUUCAACGUGCCGUUGGGGGCCUAAAUCUAAUUGGUCAAAGGCUCAAGGAAUUGGCUAAAACACUCGACGUUCCAUUUGAGUUCCAAGCAGUGGCGGCAAAGACUGCGGCAGUCACUCCAUCAAUGCUGGACCGGCAAGCUGGGGAAGCACUUCUCGUGAACUUUGCAUUCCAGCUUCACCACAUGCCCGAUGAGAGUGUUUCGACAGUGAACCAACGAGACCAGCUUCUCCGGAUGGUUAAGAGCUUGAAUCCAAAACUAGUCACUGUUGUCGAACAGGAAAUGAACACCAACACCGCCCCGUUCUUGACUAGGUUUGUUGAGGCCUACAGUUACUAUUCAGCAGUGUUCGAUUCACUUGAAGCAACGCUUCCGAGGGAAAGCCAGGACAGGUUGAAUGUAGAAAAGCAGUGUUUGGCACGCGAUAUAGUGAAUAUUGUUGCUUGUGAGGGAGAGGAGAGAAUAGAGCGCUACGAAGUUGCGGGGAAGUGGAGAGCACGGAUGAUGAUGGCUGGUUUUGCGGCAUGUCCAAUUAGCGAAAAUGUGAGUGAUGUGAUUAGGAAGCUUAUAAAGCAGUAUUGUGAGAGGUUCAAGGUGAAGGAGGAGACAGGCGCGCUUCAUUUCGGAUGGGAAGAUAAAAUCUUGACAGUUGCUUCGGCGUGGAGAUAAUGGUUGUUGGAAACUUCUAUCCGAUCUAGCUUUUUGCUUAAAUGUUCUCAUUUCUUUGUAGCUAUGGUUUUGUGCUGGAUCAGGAUGUGUUGUUAUGACUCCCUUUAAAUUGUAUGUGGCACUGUAAGUUGUUAUGGCCGACUUGUUUUCAAUUAUGUUCCCAACACAGAAACUAAUCACAAAACUAAACACAAAAACAAUGCACAUGGAUGAUCAAGAUUUUUAUAGGAUUUGUUAGUGGCGU